CAAAUUAAAAGUGGAUUUUGCGGUCUAUUUUUGACAACCCGUUCGUGUCAUUCACGAUAGGCUCAGGGCUUACGCCACAGAAUUUAGGCACAGAAUCCGUGAGACGAGUAGUUCUGUCGCGAAGUUUAUGCUAUCAUAAGAUAUUUAGACAUAAAACGUGUUAACAUUUGAAUUGUUUGAAUGUAUGUAUGGCUAUAGUAUUUGUUUGGCAGAUUUAAGUGAGCAAUACAAUUAACUAAAUGACUUUAGAGUUAGAGCACUGGUAGUAACCUAACCUAACACUCCUGACACCACAGCUCAGACCUACCAAAACCACUUGUACUCCAUUUGUACGCUAAAUACAAAUAGUAAAGAAAAAUAAGUGAAAGUGAAAUAAUAUCCACUAAACUCUUAAACUGAUUAUUAAACUCAAUGGAAACCAUGGAUAAUAGUAUGGUUAUAGAGCUGUACAGCACCGACACUAAUAAAUUGGCGGCAAAUAUGAGUGACUCGAUGGUGACGAUGGACACGACUGUCCUCAUGGAUUUAAACAACUCAAUGGGGGUGAACCCCACGGAAAUGUCGCCCGAAAAUGUAUACAUUCUUCCUCUUUGGCAGCAAUUCCUAUGGACUUUAGUGUUCGGCACAAUGGUAUUAGUGGCCGCCGGAGGCAAUAUUAUUGUCAUAUGGAUUGUAUUGGCACACAAGAGAAUGAGAACUGUCACCAAUUAUUUUCUGGUGAACCUAAGUCUGGCGGACACAAUGGUCUCCACACUGAACGUCAUCUUCAACUUCAUAUAUAUGCUGAACAGCGACUGGCCUUUCGGGCAAUUCUACUGCAAAGUAUCCAACUUUAUUGCCAUCGUAUCGGUGGCCGCAUCCGUAUUCACGCUUAUGGCCAUCUCUAUCGACAGGUCAGUCCACACAUCCCUU